AUGUCUGUGACCCCUGACCCACCUUCCCAUCUCACCUUCAAUCCGUACCUCACCCCAUGCCCCGAUUUUGCUUCUGUCGAUUACUCUUUCAUCUGUGAUGCUGUCCAGUCAGCUAAUAAUAUUUCAUCUGAGGAAGCUGUCGCUCAACUGGUGCAAAACUGGAAGACAUGGAACGCCAAGGAGAGAGAUCAGUGGGACACACAAGUUCAGGCAGAUAAACAGGCAGUAGACCAAGCAAAGAAGACGGCUGAAGAAGCAGUGCAGAAGGCACAGAAAGAGGCUGAAAAAGAGAGAGAGACUGAGAGAAAAGAGAAAGAAAAGAAGCGCCCGAAACUCGUGAACUUCGAUCCUUCACUGAGCGUUGACAAAGAGGCUGAUCCCAUCCUUCACCCCUAUGCUCUCAAACAACUCUCAGAUUUCAAGUACUGUCCUCUUUGGUACUUCACCAAGAUGUCAGCGAUGGAAGCCUCCAGCAUUGUUAAUUCCCUCGCCCCCGACACCUUGAACCUCUGUUAGGAUCGUGCCAAUAGGAUUGCGGCGGUAAGUGCACGUAGCGGAAUGCUGUGGGAUGCGUCGGGCAUAGGCGAAGCUAUUAGCAACGUCACCCCUGAGCCGAAGCCCUGAGAUG